GAUGAUGAGGAUGAAGACCUUUAUGAUGAUCUACUUCCACUUAAUGAAUGACUAAUCUUACCUGAGAAAGAAAUCCAGAGGAAGAGGAAAGAAAGAAGAGGAGGGAAUGGCACUUUCCCAGGCACUGUUUACAUUCAAGGAUGUGGCCAUAGAAUUCUCCCAAGAGGAGUGGGAAUGCUUAGACUCCGCUCAGAAGGCUUUGUACAGGGAUGUGAUGUUAGAGAACUACAGGAAUCUGCUCUCCCUAGAUGUUUGUGAGGAAUUAUCAAAAGAAGACAUUAAUAAAGAGGAAUUAUACCAUCUGGUGAUACUGGAAAGAAAUGAAAGCCAUGGCAUCAAGGAAGUCUGGAAAAAUAUGUGUAAGUUUGACAGCCCAUGGGGAUAUGAUACAAGAAAUUACAAAGGAGUGCCUUUUACCCAUAACAGAAAUCUCAUUUAUAGAAAAGAUCAACAACAUAAUAAAUCCUCAGUUAAUUUUUCUUUAAAGCAGAAUGUUUCUGUAAGAGAUAAUACCUACCAACAUUUUGUACAUAGCAAGCCAUUCAUAAGGAAUUUGUUAAAACUGAAAAAUAACAUAAGCUAUACUGGAAACAAGUAUGUGAAGUGUUUUGAAAAUAGGAUUGGAUUAAGCCUAAAGGCACAUCUUGCUGAACUGCAGAAAUUUCAAACUGAGGAGAAAACUUAUGAAUGUAAUCAAGUUGAGAAGUCUAUCAACAAUAGUUCCUUAGUUUCACCACUUCAAACAAUUUCUCCUAGUGUCAAAAACAUUUAUAAUAAAUAUAGGAAGAUUUUAAAACCCCCUCUGUUACCUACACAGUGCAGGAGAACACACAUCAGAGAAAAAUCAUACAAAUGUGAUGACUGUGGAAAGGCUUUUAGCAAAAGUUCCAACCUUACUAAUCAUCAGCGAAUUCAUUCUGGACAGAGACCGUACAAAUGUAAUGAGUGUGGCAAAGCCUUUAACCAGUGUUCAAAUCUCACAAGACAUCAGAGAGUCCAUACAGGAGAGAAACCAUAUAAAUGCAAUGUAUGUGGCAAAGUCUGUAGUCAAAAUUCAAAUCUUGCAAGUCAUCAGAGAAUGCAUACUGGAGAAAAGCCUUACAAAUGUAAUGAAUGUGGUAAAGCAUUUAUCCAGCGUUCACAUCUUUGGGGUCAUGAGAGAAUUCAUACUGGAGAGAAACCUUACAAAUGUAGUGAAUGUGACAAAGCCUUUGCUGAGCGUUCAAGCCUUACUCAACAUAAGAGAAUCCAUACUGGAGAGAAACCUUACAUAUGUAAUGAAUGUGGCAAAGCUUUUAAGCAGUGCUCACACCUCACUAGACAUCAGAAUAUUCAUCCUGGAGAGAAACCACACAAAUGUAAUGUGUGUGGCAAGGCUUUCAUCCACAGUUCAAGCCUCCUGGAACAUCAGAGAAUUCAUACAGGAGAAAAACCUUACAAAUGUAAUAAAUGUGAUAAGGCUUUUAUCAGAUGUUCACACCUGUGGGGUCAUCAAAGGACUCAUACUGGAGAGAAACCCUACAAAUGUAGUGAGUGUGGUAAAGCCUUUACUGAACGUUCAAAUCUUACUCAACAUAAGAAAAUCCAUACAGGAGAGAAACCUUACAAAUGUAAUGAAUGUGGCAAAGCUUUUACCCAAUUUGCAAACCUUACUAGACAUCAAAAAAUACAUACUGAAAAGAAACAUUGUAAACAUAAAAUACAUCGUAAUGCUUUUAUCCAAAGUUCAAACCUUGGGCAUCAUCAGAAAACUCAGAGAAAAACAUAACAAAUAUAAUGAAUAAGACAAAACUUAAAUGUUCAAGCCUUAUCAACAUCAGAGACUCCACUAUGAAGAAAAGCCAUAUAAAACUAGUAUAUGUGGAAAGGCCUUUAGCCAGUGCUCACACAUCACUUGACAUUAGUAUACAUGUCUUUGAGAGAAACCCCAGAAAUAAAAUGUGUAUGGCAAGGCUUAUCCAAAAUUCAAGCCUUGUGGAACAUCCACAGAGCUCUUAUUGUAGAGAUACCUUACAAAUGUAGUGAAUAUGAUCAGCCUUAUAAAAUAUUUACAUCUUUGUGGUUAUGACAAUAUAUUCAAGAUGGAAACCAUACAAAUAUGUCAAGGCCUUUAAGCAAUGGUCUGACUCAGGAUAUACCAAAGAAUUCAUAAUGGAGAGGAACAUUACAAAUGUAAUGUGGUAAAUUGUUUAGCCAAUUCUCUCAAUGGAUUACAUAUACAAAAAUUUAUUCUAGGGGGCACUAAGUCUCUAUUCCUUCUUGAGGAUUAACUGAUUUCAUGUUAAAUUCCACAGAUGAUUACAAAGUGAAAAUCAUUUAAAACUCAUGAGAUAAUGUGUGUCAAAAGAACAGGGACAUCUGCAGAAAGAUCUGUCUUCACUUUAUUUAUUUGAGAUUUCUUAAGAAGGCUUUGUUAUUGAUGAAUUACAACUUGACAUUUGAAAUCUGUUGAUGGUAUAUCUUCGUUACAUGACUUUCGUGUAUCAUGAUUGUCUCAAAGAAGGGAUUGAUAAAAUGGAAGGGCCUAAAUAUACAAUAUAGUAUAAAUGUGAGAGCAUGGGAGUGAAACAAUAGAGUUAAAACUGUUAUCUAAGUUACCAUGCUUUAUGUAGUCAGGACCCCUUUCCUGAUUUGUUGAUACGACUGAGAACUUCUGUUGAUUAUAGGAAAGGUAAGCUUACUGUACAAGAUGACCAGGAAACACAGCCGGGCACAGUGGCUCACACCUGUAAUCCUAGCACUCUGGGAGGCCGAGGCGGGUGGAUCGCUC